AUGUGUUUUUACGAUCAACACACGUUCGUCUGUGGGAAUUGGAAAUGGGUGCACUUCCGACAACAUUGCGACAAAGAACUGCGAAUUGGUGAGACUUGUGGCAUGAAGAUUUUAUUCCAGACCGUUCCUACUGGAACUCUCUGCAAGCUUUGCGAAAAGAUAAAUACGAAGAUGAGACGCCGAGCAGCAGAAGUGGAUCGCAUCAGCCGAUGGCAGAGAGCAGAUCUGAAACUUCAAGCGUUAUUCGUCAAUACUGCAGACCGAAUCAGAGCACUCGAUGAAGAAAUCAGCGAGCUUCAACGUGAAAGCUCAAGGAGA